AUGUUCACCCGCAACCCAACAGAGGACCUAAAACGACACGGCUUCAGUCAGGAGGCUUACCUGAUAAUAGCGACGGUGUUUUACACGGCAUCGCUGACGGUGUCUAGUAGCUUUCAAAAUCACUUGAUCAGUAAAAGAUCCUGCGAGCCGUUAAUUCCGUUCGGCGAAUGCCUGGUUGGUGUUUAUGACAGUGACCAACUGGUGAAUUCGGAUACUAAUAUCUUACAGUAUUGGAUUUCUUUCGCAGUUGCUUUAAUAGCAGGAGCAUGGAGUGACAGUCAUGGAAGAAGACGUAAACCUUUGAUUUUCUUACCGAUUAUAACACAGAUCUUAACAGACGGUUUAUAUUUUGGCAGUAGUCAUUGGAAUUGGUAUUAUUAUAAUGAUAUCUAUCUAUGGAUAAUUCCUGCACUUUACGUUGGUCGAAAUAUUUUCUGGAUUGGCGUGAUGUCAUAUGUAUCAGAAAUUUCUACUAUUGAAUCAAGGACUUUAAAACAUGGAAUAAUAAUUGCAACUUAUCCAUUAAGUUCCUUAAUGGGCUCGGGAUUAGUUGCAUUAUUAAAAAUAGGAAUACAAUAUCGUUAUUAUGAAUUUAUGUUUUUGGUACCGAUAUUGUUAAAUUUGUUGGCGUUAUUGGUUAUCAGUUUACUCGUAAAGGACACAUCUGACUCUGAUUGUAAUAGAGAUAUUGAGUGGCAGAGACCGAAAUAUGUUCUCAAGGAGUUCACUGAUUUAUUUAAGGAUAAAUUAAAGGGUUCGGCUGUUGUAUUAGCUAUAUUGAUAAUAUGUCAAUCAAUAUUAGUUACAAGAAUAGGAUGUGACUAUGAUUUAAUAAUGUUGUAUAUGUGGUAUAAUGAUGAUGAAGUUUGUUUUACCGUUUUAAAAAUGAUGGCCAUAUUUGUCGGAACUGUGUUUUCGGUUUCGGUUUUAAGUCAUUGUAUGAAAAUAAACGAUUUACUAAUUAGUAUUUCAGUUUGCUGUUUUUACAUCGCAGCUGCUGUAUGUUACAUUUUUGCCAGUCAAUUUUUUCAAAUAUUUAUGAUUAUAAUAAUUUAUUCAUGCCAUGGAACAGUGAUUACUAUUGUUAGUUCUUUAACAUCAAAAUUGGUGCCAAUUGAACAACUCGGUCGUUUAAAUGCAAUACAAAUGUGUAUGAACUCCAUGUUGACUGUUGGUGUAGUUACGGCUUAUCAUUUCAUAUUUGAUUACAUUAAUUAUACUAAAGCUGGACAUUUGUGUCUGUUCACUUUAUUGUAUAUCGGUUUGACUCUACCCAUAUUAUCUGUGUUUGUGAUUUUGUAUUCUAAGUACAAACAUGUCAUGCAAAACGAUACUCCUACAGUAAAACAAGAUAAUAUUUACGUCAUAAGUUAA